AUGAACAUCUAUCAACAGAAUUGUCUUGAAGGGCUUAGGCCAAAUGCAUCUGACGAACUCCUAAACAGCAGCGAGAUUUUGGCCUUACUAGAUUUAGUGAUACCGAGUGAUGAUGUCUCGAAUGAAACGACAUUAAUGAACAGCUACAACCCCAUUCAAGACCCAUUCACGCCCCAGUCCAUGGGCCUUUCACUACCAAUGACCCCAUUAUCAGCAUUACCUUUCGGUCAAACCGAGCUCAUAAUUUCGCACAAUGCCCAGGUUAUGACUGAACCAUUGUUUAAUCCAGCACAAAGCUGGAUCGAGGCGUCAUCAUUUGUUCGUCCAGAUCCUACAUUUUCAGUGGAGAGGCCUCAAUUGGAUUCUGUCGAUGCUCAUAAACUGAUUGAGCUAUUCGAGGACACGAACUCAUUGCAAGAAAGAAGCAAACAGAAGAGCAGGCAGCAGCAAUUGCCGUGGAAGAAGUCCAAAGACGCUGCGUGGUUGAGGGCUGUACUCGUGGGGCGCAAACAAUGCGUCGGUGCAAACGCCACGGCGGUGGCGCACGGUGCAAGGUUGAGGGUUGCGGAACAAGCAGCCAAGGUGGAGGCUUGUGCCGAGCACACGGAGGUGGCAAGCUAUGCACCGCUCCUGGCUGCAAGAAAGGUGCCCAACGUCAAGGUAAAUGUGCUACACAUUCAUCACAAAAGUGCAGGGUUGAUGCCUGUACAAGUGUUGCCCGGUGCAGAGGCUUGUGCAGCCGGCAUAAAAAACAGAAGCUGCAUAUUUAAGCUCAAACCAGCGAACUGA